UUUCUCUGUAAAUUGUUUAGGUUCUGUGCUGUUUUUUGUAAGGCACAAACUAGAGAGAGAGAGAAAGAGACAUUCAAAGAGAGAGAAAGAAACAUAGAGAGAGAGAGAGAGAUAUAUAGAGAGAGAGAGUGCUCACUCCUAUGCAGCUAUGCUAGGGGACUCAGCAGUGUUGGGAACAGGAGGAGGAAGCUCAGGAGAUGGAGCAGGAGCUUACCAUGAUGGUGGUGGUGGAUCAAUUUCAGGUGAUGAUGAAAGAGGGGGUGGAAGUAGUAGAAAUGAAGAGGGUGUGGAUAGAAGUUUUGGUGGUAAUAGAUGGCCAAGACAAGAAACACUUGCUUUGUUGAAGAUAAGGUCUGAUAUGGAUGGUGCUUUUAAAGAUGCAAGUGUUAAAGGUCCCUUAUGGGAUGAAGUUUCAAGGAAAAUGGCAGAUCUUGGAUAUCAAAGAAACUCCAAAAAAUGCAAAGAAAAGUUUGAGAAUGUUUACAAAUAUCACAAGAGAACCAAAGAAGGAAGAGGUGGUAAAUCAGAUGGUAAAACUUAUAGAUUCUUUGAUCAAUUACAAGCCCUUGAAAACAACCCUUCAAUGCAUCAAUCACCUUCAAUAACACCACCACCCAUUAGUACUAUUCCCACCCCUACAACAACACCUUCAUUUCUAUCUGCACCUCCUACCACCACUGUUCCAUCAACCACAAUUCCAAUGUCUUACACACAAUCCAACCCUACACAUUUUCCACCAAUACCAUCAUCAACAAACCCUAUAAAUACUAAUAACCCUAUUCCUCAAAUUACUACAACACCCCCACCAUCAUCAUUCCCCAACAUUUCAACAGAUUUCUUCUCGAAUUCAAGUUCGUCUUCAACUUCUUCUGAGGAAACGACGACAAUGGAAGGGGGAUCGAAUCGGCGGAAGAGGAAGAGGAAAUGGAAGGAUUUCUUUGAGAGACUAAUGAAGGAGGUUGUUGAGAAACAAGAGGAGUUACAUAAGAGAUUCUUGGAAGCUAUAGAGAAAAGAGAAAGAGAGAGAGGUGCAAGAGAAGAAGCUUGGAGGUUGCAAGAGAUGCAAAGGAUUAAUAGAGAAAGGGAAAUUCUUGCUCAAGAGAGAUCUCUUGCUGCUACUAAAGAUGCUGCUGUUAUGGCUUUUUUGCAGAAGAUUGCUGAACAACAAGAACAACAAAAUCUUGUUCCUCCUGUAUUGAACAACAGCACCAUUGUUCCUCAGCAGCAACAAGCGCCGCAAGAAACUAUACCAACCCCAACACCGAAACCGACACCAACACCAACACCAACACCAGUACCGUUGCCAGCAGCAGCAGCACCAUUGCCAAUACCGAUACCAGCAAUACCUACACCGCAGCAAGUUCAAAAUCCAACUGUAACAGUGCAACAACAAACAUCAGUCAUUCCUCAGGCUUCACCGUUGCCACAACAUCAGCAGCAGCAACAGCAGGUUCAGGUACAACAGCAGCAAGUGAUGAAUAUGGAAGUUGCGAAAAGUGAUAACAAUGGUGAGAGUAUGAUGCAUGCAAGUUCUUCUAGGUGGCCAAAAACUGAGGUUGAGGCAUUGAUAAAGCUGAGAACAACUCUUGAUAUGAAGUACCAAGAGAAUGGACCUAAAGGGCCAUUAUGGGAGGAGAUUUCAGGGUUGAUGAAGAAAAUGGGGUACAAUAGGAAUGCAAAGAGGUGCAAAGAGAAAUGGGAAAACAUUAACAAGUAUUUCAAGAAAGUGAAGGAAAGCAACAAGAAGAGGCCAGAAGAUUCAAAGACAUGUCCUUACUUUCACCAACUUGAUGCUCUAUACAGGCAGAAGAACAAGGUGGAGGGUGCAGCUGCUGCUGCGUCGAGGCCUGAGGGAACGAUGAUGGCACCGUUGAUGGUUCAGCCGGAGCAGCAGUGGCCUCCACAGCAACAGGUGCCACCAGCAGCCGGGGCGGAUGUGACCAUGGAGGAAGCUGAGACUGAGAAUGAUCGGCCGCAUCGAGAUGAAGAAGAAUAUUAUGACGAUGAUGACGGUGAUGAUGACGAGGACGAAGACGAAGGUAUUGACAAUUAUGAAGUGGUUGCCAACAAACCACCGCCACCUCAAUGAAAAUAAUGAUUGUAAUUAAUCAUUGAAUGAGGCUCUAGGUAGGGGCUAAAAGAGUGCAUGGACUGUUGUAAAAAGUGGCAGUAAGCGGCGGCAACUACACCGGCAACAUUGGUGGUAGGUGGUGGUGGUUUUUUCAAAUUUUUGAAUAUAUACAUAGGGGUAGAAGGGUGUGAGGAUCUUUGAUAUAGCAUAUAAUCACCAAGAUUAUAUGUUGUUUCUUUUUCAAAACCGGAAACUAUUAAUUAUUUUUUGAGCUAAAUAAAUAAUUUCAUAAGGGAGAUGGGAAUUUAAGAUAAAGAAAAUAAUAGAGGAAUAAACCUUGAAUAAUGUUAUGUACUGUUCUUUUAUUUUUAUUUUUAUGUUUAAGAUGUUGUAAAUGGGAGAAACCAUUGAUUGGGGGGUUUAUUUAUUUCUUCUUUACAUUUAACUUUAUUUUUUGGUUGAAAAGUUUCGUUACUCUUUAUAUAUCAGUGAUUUAUUUUGUUU